AAAUUAUGUUAUUUAUAUCUUUUGUAAUCAUGAGUUCCUGACCGGAAGACGUUUCAGUUAAAGCCAAUCGUCUCUUGAGAUAAAAAAUGCAAACACUGGGGAGGGAGACUUAAUACAGAGACCUGUUUCUGGGACUCUUCCUUGCACCCAAGUGCAAUCAGCCCAUGAAGAUGUUGAAGACAAUGGAAAAACAGUGAGCUUUGGAUCAUGUCCUAAGCUCUCUGCUGCUGAUAGCAGGGAGCAGCUCAUAUAGAUUAGCAGCCAUCCAAAUAUAGUUUGAUUAUAUCAUAACAUGAUUGUUCUGAUUACUUGAUGCAGAAAGCUUUCGGUUAUCGUGGUAUCUGAAACAGGGGAGUAAGCUACUUGUUUUAAUAGCACUUGCUCAGCCCCAAUGAUUGAGGUUUUGCUGAUCUCAGUGAAUUUGGAAGAACAACAGUUUUGGACCAGGUAAUCCUACAUCAUGAGAUAUGGCUGAAAUAGGAUAAAAUAUCCAGAUUUUCUGGCAUUGUUGUGGCGAUUGUAUAGGUUGUUUUCUCCAAGCAACAGAAUAUCCUCCUGCUAACAGCUAAGGACAGGCAGAUGUAGGGUUGGUGGCUGGGAGAUCUACUUUGUUCCAAUCAUUUUGUGAAUGAUUGAGCCAAAUCCUCCCCUCACAUAGAAUAACCUUGGGGGAAAUGAUCCUGAAACUCUGCAUAUUUCAAAUGGCAGAAAUCUCCUGCAUUUUUCCUUUGGGAACAGGGAUUUGCAGCCACAGAGAUAGGGGAGAAGUGUGGUUUUCUAACCAGCCAGAUGGAGAAAUGAUGGUUACGUCUAUGUAGGCAAUCAACCUCUUCCUGCCCCUGUUGUAGGAGUGUGAAUCAGUCAGAAAUGAUGAUGCCAUUGACUUCCUCCUGAAGUCUGUGCUUUAUCCCCCCUUCUUUGACGGCUCAAGGAGCAGCACUAACUUCCCUGUUAGUUUCCACUUUUUGAGGCAAGGUGGUGGCCAUAUAGGACAGCUGUUCCCUGGCUAAAGCCUCUCACUCCUCCUCUUGGAGACCAUGUUUACACCAAGCUUAAAUUCUAUUUACAUUUGUUCUCCAGGUACAGAAGAGCCUUUAGCUUUAACGCGUUCCCAUGCUGCUGCUGAUGCUGCUGUUCCAGCUUUCUAUGCUGGGGAACAGUGAGGUGGUGACAUCUUUUGAAAACACAUGCCCUCAGUUUUUCUUCCGGGAAACCCCCCCAAAUGAUGCCAUCAAACCUGCCAAUCCAGCCCAGAUUUGCCAACUUUACAAGAAUCAGUAUCGCUUUGCUACUUUGUACGACAGGGACCACCGCAUUCCAAUAUACUCUGCGUAUGUGUACCAACCUGGUUAUGGUAAGCGACCUAAUAGCUGGAUGGUAGAACCCCAGCUGAUGGGUUCAAAUUACCAAAAGGAAAUGGCAACUGAAUGGAUCCUCUUAAAUGAUAUCGGUGUUGACCAGGGACUGCUUAAUGAGAGCCAGGCUGUCCUUCGAGAUUACAAGAAUCUGACUAAUUUCAACAGGGGCCACUUGAACCCCAAUGGGCACCAACCUGACCCUGACUAUAAGGCUGCUACCUUCACCCUGACCAACAUUGUGCCACAGUUUAUGAACCUCAAUAGUGGGAAAUGGAACAACUACGAACAAGAAGUAAUGAUGAGUAGGACUGAAGGGUGUGCUACCACAUACGUCGUUGUGGGAGUGGUCCCUGGCAACAAUUACAUAGCUGGAGGCAGAGUCAAUAAGCCCAGCCACAUGUGGUCUGCCGCCUGCUGUGAGAUUGAUAACAAUCACAGGAAGUCCUGGGCAGUCAUUGCUCUAAAUGAUCAGAAUGCAGUCGAGCUGCUCACUCUGGGUGAGUUAGAGGAGAAGCUGGCUGAACUGUACAGAAAGGAGGAGAUCCUUCUGUUUGACAGUGACUGUCCCCGACAAUAAACUCCUGAACCCACCCGCACACCUCUCCAUAUCCCCCUGGAGAAAGGGGUUGGGAGCCUUCACCAAUAGCUGCGCUCUCAUGACCAUUCUACACACUGCAUUUAACCCAUCCUGUUUGUUUAUUAAACGCUUUUACAGAUC